UAUAUUACAUUGUCGGCAACAUCGUCGAGAUAUUAGAAAUGAACCCAGAAGAUGAGGCAGAAGAAGAUGGUGCAAAUGUUGAUCUUGAUUCUCAGCGGAAAGGGAAGUGUGUUGUCUUAAAAACUUCUACACGUCAGACUAUAUUUCUUCCCGUCGUUGGAUUAGUUGAUUCUGACAAGCUUAAACCUGGAGACUUGGUUGGUGUCAACAAUGACAGCUAUCUGAUACUGGACACGCUUCCGUCAGAAUAUGAUUCAAGAGUGAAGGCUAUGGAAGUUGAUGAAAAACCAACAGAAGAUUACAAUGAUAUUGGUGGGCUUGAAAAGCAGAUUCAAGAACUUUUGAGGCAAUGGUUGUUACCAAAUGACACACAAGGACCGGUUCAGAGAUUAGGAAUUCGCCACCUAAAGAAUGCUUUUUAUGGACCUCCUGGAACGGAAAAAACUUUGAGCCCGUCAUACAGCGCAACAAAUGCAAAAUUUGAACAGCUGCCCAACUUGUCAGGUGAGUAUACAUUGAACUUCCGCAAUCCUUACUCCUGUCCUGUUUCUUUGAUCCCUAGUAAGCAUGUUGCACAAACAACGGAUAAGGGGAAUAUCAGAUAUUACACUAAUCGAAGAUGA